AUGGCUGCACUGACACAACCCAAGUUACCCUCCGUUCUUCCUUCAAGACCCGCGGUCCAAGAUGCCUCUACUACGCCCGAACAAAUCAAGACCGAAGUCGCAAAGAUAACCGACCCGGGACAAACGCCCAUCUUCAUAUGCGCAUUCGACAAAUGCAACAGACUGUUUCCAUCGCGGGAUAGACUGAUGAUGCACAGAAAGCGAGACCACGAAUCGGAAGAGCAGGGAGAUGUGAUUACAUGGAACGAAUGA